GAUGGCAGGUAAAGCGAUCCGAGCGGCCCGCCAUCGCCGAUUCGUCUCGGGCACGAGGUUGUAGAUUGGCAGUGUGCUAAAACAUGGCUGGACAAAUAUCGGAAUCUGAUCAGAUCAAGCAGUUCAAAGAAUUUCUUGGAACAUAUAACAAACUGACGGAAAACUGCUUUCUGGAUUGCGUGCGAGAUUUCACCAGCAGAGAGGUCAAGCCAGAAGAGAUGACCUGUUCAGAACACUGCUUACAGAAGUACUUAAAAAUGACCCAGAGGAUAUCGAUGAGAUUCCAGGAAUAUCACAUUCAGCAGAACGAAGCGCUGGCGGCCAAAGCCGGACUCCUUGGCCAGCCUCAUUAAGAA